CCAUGAUGCACCUGACCGUCCUGGUUUCCCUCCUAACAGUGGCAGCSUGCAGCGAAAAUACCACAUUCUCUGAACCUAAUUCAAAACCAGUGACAACCACAACUUCACACUUCAGCUCUAGCUUUGUAACAUCGCCCACCGUGAAAACCAGCACAGUCGCUCCCCUGGCUCAAACAACCUCAUCAUCAUCAUCAACCUCAUCAUCAUCAACCUCAACAAUAUCAUCAACGACACAUCAGAACACCACUCAUGUCACUUCAGCUUCACCGACAACACCCAGAACAGAGGGAUCCAACCCAAGCACUACUGCUGUUGUGAAUACUACAAGCAGCCAGGCGUCCAAUGGGAAGACGACUCAGGAAACAACCAUCCAGUCAAUGACAGAAUCACAAAAUGCCACGGGGAGUACCACUGUGAAAGAAUCUCAAAAUGCCACGGGGAGUACCACAGCAAACACAACCAGUCCAGCUCUCUCCACCGACUGGGGGAGAAACAGCUUGGCACAAAACCCCGGGCUGGUGGCCAUCAUCUGCAUCUUCAGCAUCGUCCUUGCUCUCAUGAUUGUGGUCGUAACGGUCAAAUGCAUCCAGUCGCCGAGGUCCAACUUUGAGAGACUUGAGGAGGUGCCGAUGGGCAAAGUGACUGAAGAGUCUCCGUUUGCUCAUUUCUCCAAAUGACCAGAGGACGCUCCGCAGGACAACAGAGACAACAAACGUUAUUUUUUUAGCACUUUGUCCAGACUUGCAUCAUCUCUGAUCUGUGUAGCUGCUGGUGACUCAUCUAAUCUAGGUUCUGAAACUUGAUCAAAUCUUUUUUUUUUCAUUCUCAUGAAACUUUAUUAAAUGUGAUCCUGGGGAUGAAACUGUAAAAUUAAAAUUGUCCUGAUGCCUUUAGGAACUUUAACAGCUCGGCUACCAUCGGAUUGUCCAAGGAUGUAUGAACUGAGAGUCCUUGUGUUACAGUUUUAAAACCACAUUUGGUAUUUAACUUAUUAAAAACAGAAAAGUUUCAGUUAUUUAAGUGCUGUAAUCAAACUGCUGGGUCUUUAAAUUUAAACUGGGUGAAUAAAAUCCAUUGUUUGCUGUUCUGUAAAAUGAAAAUAUAGUCAGAAACUUAUUCAAAUCAUUCAGGACAAAAAGGGUGUCUACAUUUAAAGUCUGAUUUUGAGUUGGAAUCUCCCAGUUGUGCUGAGACUUKAGCUUUUUAAGAAAUGUAAAAGAAAAUGUUUUAGUGCAACAGUGGUUUAAACAAAUCUGCACACAAGUGGAAAAAGUACAUAAUUUUGAGAAAUUCAAUAAAGGCUUACCAAAAAAAA